AUGCUCCAGAAAGUGUGCAUCCUAUCGGUAUUGAUUGCCGCCGUGUCAGCAAUCUGCUGCAAAGUUCCAUGGGUGAAUCCUAACGGACAAAUUCGAAAGUUGAAUUGGGAGAGUAAGGACUUGUGCACUAACCAAACAUGGUAUCCCGCCUAUUGCAUGGCUACUCGCAAGCAUUAUACCGCCCUUCUGAAGGAUGUCGACAUGAGCAAAGGAGUUACUGAGACAGUUUAUCCAUUAAAGCAAUAUUCAUUCUUUGCCGCGCUGCGAAAUGCUGGAACUGCUGUAACAUGUGACACGAACACCGGAAAAUGGAUGGCGUCGAGCAGCAAGUACGACUUCGUUUAUAUGGAUAAGUUCGAUUGUGGAUUUGCCGAUUUCGACGGAUAUAAGGCUAAAUUCAGACUUCAACUAUAG